AUGAUCAAAAGCAUCACAACUGCUCAGCUUAGCAAGCACAGCUCUCGCCAGGACUUAUGGGUAGCAGUAAAUGGAAGAGUCUAUGACCUUACGAAUUUUGCUGAAGACCAUCCAGGCGGCAUCAACGUGCUCGAGGAGUGCGCCGGAACUGACGCAUCAGAGCCAUUCGAAUAUGCUGGUCACUCGACCAAUACUGUCAAAACAAUGCGGCAGUUCCUUGUUGGCAACAUGGAAGAUGUCGGCUUGACUAAGAACACAAUGCUUGACUUGGUCCAGACCAUAUCAACAUCUGCGGUUAGAAGUGUGCCGGUGAGCACCAGGGAAACCCAGAUAUUCAAAUAUAUCAUCUGUAUGAUGACAAUCACAGCCAGUGCAUCCAUCCUGUACUGGUUGUCGACAAAUAGAAAGGAAACCGUUGAAGCAUGGACCAGGAUUAAUGCCAGGACGGCUAUAGGAAUGGAUCAAUCCGCCUUGCCACUGAUGGUAAUUGUGUUUAUGCUCAUCUUUGGCUGCUCUGUGGCACUGUUCUUCUAUGCUGAAUUCGUCAAAACUUUGCACCAGAAGGAUGUCUUUGAGUAUCCACCUGUAAUCCCAAGACGAUCUAGAAAAAUAUGA